AUGGAUGGAGAAUCACCCAAACAGGACGCAUCCUGUUCCACAGAAUCAACCAAUCACACUGACACCAAUAACAACAGCAACCAGGCCGGUGAGCCAGAGGUGGUGGAGAAUAAAGACUUGGGGGAAGGAGCAGAAGGUCAGAGGGUAAUGGAGACUGAGGAUAAGGCUGAGGAAGAUACUGUAUCAGAAGAGGCAGAAAAGGAGACGUCAGGAGACACAAAGAAACCUCAGAGUGUGUCACAGUCUGGUGAAGGUGAUACUGAAGCAGCUGCACAAGCUAAGGAGAAAGCAUCUACUGGUGCUGAGGUGAAGGAUUCUGAACGUGGAGGAAACGGUAAAGAGGAGGAGGCAGAAGAAACCGAGAAAGGAGGGCAAGUGGCAGAGAUCCAGAGUGGUGAGACUGGAAAAGACGAAGAGGACAUGAAGGACAAGGAGAAAGAGAAAAAGGAAGAAGGUAAAGAUGUGAAAGAACAAGAGGCAGAGAAGAAAAAACAAGUGACGGAGGUAGAUGCAGAGCCAAAGGACAAAGGAAAGACAAAGGAAGCAGAAAAGCAGGCAAAGCCCAAAAGAAAGAGUGGUCCCCCCUCCUCUUCUCUCUCUCGACCAAGACCCUCUGCACGCUCCAUAAGAGCGUCUGCUAAAAACGACAUCAUCGCCAAGUUCCAGAAGGGCGCACCAGAGACACCAAUACCUCGCAACUUCAAGAUUCAGAAGUCAUCUGCUGCUGUGGCUACAGGAGCUUCAAUCAAACAGAAGAUACUUCAGUGGUGUCGCAACAAGACUCGGAACUACGAGGGCAUCAACAUAGAAAACUUCUCGUCAUCCUGGUGCAAUGGGAUGGCAUUCUGCGCUCUGAUUCAUCGUUUCUUUCCAGACGCUUUUGACUACAGCUCACUGAAGCCAGAGGAGAGGGAGAAAAACUUCACUCUGGCCUUCAAAACUGCAGAGUCCUUGGCUGACUGCUGCCCUCUGCUGGAAGUGAGUGACAUGCUCAUGAUGGGUAACAACCCAGACCCAAUGUGCGUGUUCACAUAUGUCCAGUCCCUGUGCCACAGCCUCUCCAAAAUAGAGAAAGAGAGGAAGGACAAAGAGAAGGAGGAGAAAGAGAAGGCCGGUAACGAGGAAGAAGAGAAGGAGAAAGGAGACGAUGCAGCAGGAGAGGUGUUGCCAGAGAAAGAUGAGGAAGAGUCUGCUGAGAACGAGACGAUGAGCAGUCAGGAGGAUAAACCAGUAGACGGUACAGAAAUGGAGGGCACUAAUGAGGAGGGGAGUCCAUCUAAGAGCUGUGAGGUGGAGGAAGGUCAGAGUUCAUCAGUCGAGGCAGAGUCUUAG